AUGGCGCACAGUUUGUCCCAAUCUGAGGAAGCUGCAUCUAUGCAGCAAAUGCUGCAACAGUUAUUGCAGCAACAACAACAGCAGCAGCAGCACCAAGAGGAAGUCCAACAGAAGUUGGACUUCCUUUAUGGAGAGCUGCAAAGGCAGAAGGAGCAGCAGCAGCAGCUAGAGCUGGUGCAACCAGAGCAGCCAGAGCAGCCACCAGAGCAGCCAGAGCAGCCACAGCAGCCAAAACGUAAAAAAAAAGAAGAUGGGGCGGUCGCUCGAGGGCCCGUUGGCGUGCCCAGAGGGGAAUUCCACCUCGCCGAGGUGGCGGCCGAGGUGGCGGCCGAGGUGGCGGCCGAGGUGGCGGCCGAGGUGACGGCUGGCGUGGCAGCCGAGGUGGCGGCCGAGGUGACGGCUGGCGUGGCAGCCGAGGUGGCGGCCAAGGCGGCAGCCGGGGUGGUGGCCGAGGGACAUCGAUAUGGAGCAAAACAAAAAGCUUUAGCUUUAACGUUAUAUAAAACAAUGGGAAAGCGUGCUUAUUCGCGUUUACGGGAGGUUUUUCAGCAUAUACCAUCGAGACAAACUUUGCAAUUGGCGCUUCAAAAGAUACCUCUGACCGCUGGAUUGAAGUUGAUGAAACCUUUUUAUCCUGCAACAUUUGGAGAAUAUGUCUCUUAA